AUGCAGAAGAAAUGUUCUCCUGUAUGUCUAGACAAGAUUUGGGUUGAGAAAGACACUGCAGAGAAUGGUACCCAACCUCGUCAGGGCGUUACCGCGAAAUGUCAGCGCCCGCGACAACUAAACUCAGACUUCAAUCCACCCGGCAAAAACUCUAUCUGCAAGAGAAAGGGCUUGCCCAAACUCAAGUCACCCGCCAAAAAGGGCAAGACUAAUAGCACCAAGUAUUCUAAGAAGAACCAGAAUGCGGUCAAGAAGGAAGUCAAGAAGACCACAACCAAGUAUCAUCGUAUCAUAUAG